CACAUGCCUCCAGAGGGCGAUAGCCAAUCAAGUAAGUCGGAGGCGAAGAAGAAGACGACAACAGGCGUGCACCGUUAUUCCGUGCUCGUAAAAUCUUUUUUAUACCACGUUUGUGAUAAUUGUGCAUAAUAAAAACAGAAUAAAAAGGGAUGAUAAUAAAAAUAAAAUAAAGCAUCGUAUUUGCACACGAGUUUUGCGACAUGCAGUGAAUUCGCGCAGCUUCCCGCAUGAGAGGAAAGAGCGAAUCAAGUGUCCGAGUCAUCAUUGACAAAAGGGCCGGAAAAAAAAUACUAACGCGUUUAUGAAAUAAAAUUGAGUAGACGUAAUUGUUUUUUUAAAUUAAAAAUCAUGGAUUCGAUGGCCUAUCCGAAAAGAAUGCAAGAUACCUACGAGGACGAGGAAGAGAGAAAACACUUUCAGCGUAUCGUUUCGGCUUUCAAAUAUUACAAGACACACUCGUUACAGCGAGUCAAAAAAACUGAGUCAUAUCUAUUAUCUUUGCCGAUGCUCCAUCAAAAAUUAUUAUCAAAAUACAGGGAACAUCUGCAGGAAGUAAAAAUAUGCAUCGAAAACAAUGAUGACAUAAUAAAGUUGAUAAUAAAGGAUGUUUCGCACAUAUUCGAAAACGUCAGUCCUACCAGUUCCCACAAUGAAAGUACACUGAAUCCUCGGCCGGUAUUAGCUGAUCAAGAAAAAGUACAGGCGACCAUCAAACAAUUGGUAAGAGAUUGGAGCGUCGAGGGCCAGGAUGAAAGAAACUCUUGUUAUCAACCAAUUAUAGAUGAGAUAAUCAAUCAAUUUCCAUUGGACUAUUGCACAGCGUCAGAAAUCCAGGUACUGGUUCCUGGUGCUGGACUCGGUCGUCUAGCGUAUGAGAUUGCAAGGCGUGGUUACACUUGUCAAGGAAAUGAGUUUUCUCUGUUUAUGCUCUUUGCUUCACAUUUCGUUCUCAACAAAUGCAGAGGAAUUAAUUCUUACAAAGUGCAUCCAUGGGUGCAUCAAUACAUGAAUAAUCUUGGCGCUGGCGAUCAAACUCAAGCCGUGCAUUUUCCUGAUGUGAAUCCCAGUGAUUUGCCAGAAAAUGUACAAUUCUCUAUGACCGCUGGGGACUUCUUGGAAGUAUACAGAGAUCACAAUUACUGGGACUGUGUCGCAACGUGUUUCUUCAUCGACUGUGCCAAUAAUAUCGUCCAAUUCAUCGAAACGAUAUACAAAAUUCUCAAGCCUGGUGGUGUUUGGAUUAAUCUUGGUCCUUUAUUGUAUCAUUUUAGUGAUAUGCCAACCGAAGAUUCGAUAGAACCGAGUUACGCUAUUCUUCGUGAAGUUAUUCAAGGCUAUGGCUUUCAUUUAGAGAAAGAAGCAACCCAUGUGAAGACACGUUACGCACAAAAUGUGAAUAGUAUGUUGCAGUGUGAAUACAAUAGUGUUUAUUUCGUAUGUCGAAAACCAAGAAGAAGAUCGGGAAGUCCGAUCGGAGAUAUUAGAAACGGCAUGGAAGUAUCAACAACGAAUGGUUCCCAAGAACAGGAAAACUAGCGAUUCCCCCACCUCUAUAUACGAAACAUGUACAAUGCGUCUCGUGAUAAUCGAACGGAAAGAAAUUCUAGAAAUACCAACACGAAGUGAACACGAUUAGAUAUUUAAUGAGUAAAAGCAAAAAAAAAGUAAACGAAACAAAGAAAGAUUGAAGAUAGAAGUCAACGAUUCAUAAUAAUAAAUAUUAAUUGUACACAAGAAAUUUGUAGGAAAAUGUAAGUUGUAAAUACGACAAGAUCGGUUAGUCUCGAGAUACUGCAUAGAGAAUUUAUAUACGAAUUUGUAUCGUAUCUUAGUUUAUUCUCGUUCUCUUCAUUCUCUUUUUCCAUCCUUCCUCUCUUUGUCUUAUUCUCUCGAGUCUUCCGUUUCGCUCUUUAGCCAUUAUUAAAUUGAUGGAAAUGUUAUACUCGUGCGAAUUCACAUAUUGCACAUUGUCGCAACGACGAUCAAGUUUUUUUUCUCCGAGUCAGUAACUAUGAAAAAUUUAUAGGAUUGAUAACUACAACAGUGCCUUCAGAGAUGCUCCAAUAGCAAUUCAACGCGAAUGACUAAGUAAAAAUAGCUCUCAAGAAAAUUGUUUAUCGACGCUCGAAUUUCGUUUCGUUGCUUUGACGUUGAAACUGGGAGCGAUUUUUCGUUUGGUUUUAUGCGACUUCCUCUAAAAUUUUUCCUCCCAUUCUCACUAACGAGAACAAACGACUGUAGAACUAGGAUUUUAUGUGCGUAAAAAUGAAUGAUAUUGUUUAUAGGAAAUGUAAUUGAAGGAUGCGAUGAUAAAGAAAAAUGAUAUUGUAUGAAUUAUGUUUUAAAGUGUACAAAGCAAAGUUAUUGUUGAAGUUUGUAAGUUUUGUUGCGUUGAGGAUUAUGGGUGAAAAAUUACGAGGAUCAAAAUAUACUGCACGAUCUUGGAAUCAGCAAAAUAAACAAAUGUUCAUGGA